AUGGUACUUUUGAUCUUGGGUGAAGAUCCUCUUGAAACAAGUACGUCAUUGACUGAUAGUUUAUUUUUCGACUCGGUUUACGAGAAAAUGAGGAAAGAGAGAGGAUUUAGACUUGGAAGAAAACUUGUGACAGUUUUCAAGUUGUUCAUUCAUAGGAGAAAAAAGGGAAAAAUUAGCUACAAAUGUUUGGGAUCCACCAAUUGUGCAACAAAAGCAAUUUCAAAGGUAUGUAAUUUGGGAAAUUUGUUAAAGAAUGGGGUUAAAAGUGUCAAUUUUGCGAAACCCUGUUCGGGUUAUAUUCGGGUCGGGUCGAAAUUGAUGGAUCAGAACCAAAUACCAAAGGGUCAUUUGGCCGUGUAUGUUGGUGAAAAGCAAGAAGAUGCAUGUAGGGUUUUAGUGCCUGUGGUUUACUUCAAUCAUCCUUUGUUUGUUGAUUUGUUGAGAGAGGCUGAAAUG